AUGUGCCGGACCAAAGUAUCUUAUCUGCCGACGGGCUGGUUUCCCCCCACGCACCCUUUCUACUUCGACUUCUUUUGUACUUCGCUCAAUGGACAAAUGACUCUCCUUUCAGCGAGGCGUGUAGGCAAGGUCUACGCCUUGACCCGUUACAGUGAGAGCUGCAGUGCUUAUCUCCAGCUCCUAUCGCUAACUCGUCACUAUCUAGGCUUCGCCCUUCAAGCUCGAAACUAUACUCAGCCGGCCCAGUCGGCAGCAAGGAAGGACCCUCAGUUCCGUGACUAUUUUGUGACACAUUUACCCUCGUCCUCUCUCCACCCAGAUCCCCGCGGUCCGACCUCACCGUUCCACAAGCUCCCUCGCGGAGCCUCAACACCGCAUGUCGGGGAUACGUCACAGUCUCCGGCGGCAUUCCAAGCUUUAGUCGACCGCGAGACAACGGUAGUCCGGAUUCCUCUUCGCAGCGCGAAACACCACUUUGGCGCCGUCACUGCCCGCGGUACUCGACCUGCCAAUGAAGACACGUACCAAGCUGGCGUCAUUGACAUCCCGGCUUUCGCAAAACGUCCUCCUACGUCAGUAACGAUCAAGCGGCGCAAUUUACAGGACCCCGUCGCCCAGCCCCGGGAAUCGCGAGGGGCCGAAACAGCGAGUGGAGAUCCACAAGUCUUUUACUUUGGCGUCUUCGACGGUCAUGGCGGAACGGAAUGCAGCUCUUUCUUAAGGGACUAUCUGCACGAGUACAUUCAGAAUGCCGCGCGGGAUAUCGAGCUACAGUCAAGUCUGCGACCUGGCGCUACAGUUCCCCCUGCCACCACCGAAUUGCCGGUCAUGCAAGAAGGCGACCGGCGGAGAAUCGGAGCUCUCGAGAAAUACCUUGUGCAGACCUGGAGACGGAUCGUUGGGGGCUACUUUAAGCGUUUCAAGCCGCCACACUUCGCGUACGAUGGCACUGAGUCUACUGAUCCGGCCAUCGCCGAUCACAUUUCCGUUGAAGAGGUUGUGGAAUACGCCUUCCUUCGCGCAGAUCUAGACUUCGUCCAGGCGCAAGCCUCAAAGCAAGAGGAUGACCCAGUACGGGCCGAGCGACCCUUGAACGAUGACGAAAUCUUUCACAGACCGAGUAUGACACGGUCUCCUCACAUCGGUGGACGUGCCCGUUUCAAGGGUGGCAGUACAGGGAGUGUUGCAAUGAUCUCAACUCCAACCCCGGCACCUUUCUGGCAUCCAAUCGCCCCCUCGAGCCUUCUAGUUGCCCAUGUGGGUGACACUCGAAUCCUUCUCUGCUCAACUGAAACGGGUGAAGCCAUUCCCGUCACAUCAAACCACCACCCCUCCUCACCAAUCGAGGCCAGCCGACUCCGACGGUACGCCGCAACAUUCGUCACAGAUUCUUUCGGCGAGGAGCGCAUGAGCGGACUGGCAAAUACCCGCGCUUUUGGUGAUGUUCACUCCAAGCGCAUCGGUGUCUCCGCGGAACCAGAGCUCAAGCGCAUCGAGCUCGGUCCUGCGGAGUUCUCGUUCCUGGUCUUGGUGUCCGAUGGGGUCAGUGGCACUCUCCUUGACCAGGAAGUUGUCGAUAUCAUCAAGGAAUCCAAGACUCCCGAGCAAGGUGCACGGGAUGUGGUCAAUUUCUCCACCGAGGUCACCAGGGAAGGGGAUAAUGCUACUUGUCUUGUCCUCCGCCUUGGUGGUUGGGAGCGUCGUCAAGAGGGUGGUGUCGGUAGCAUGGGAACUCGGGAGUCUCGUAAUUGGCGCCGACAAGAAGCCGCUGAUAACCCGCGCAGGUCACGGACGUGA